AUGGCUUCUUCCUCAUCGUCAUCGUCUCUGCCUCUGCCUCCGUUGAAGAAAUACGGAGGACAUAGAAACUGGGCCGAUCUUCCGCCAGAAUUAACGUCGUCAAUCUUGCUACGGCUUGGCGCGAUUGAGAUACUAGAAAACGCUCAGAAAGUAUGCAAAUCGUGGCAUCACGUCUGCAAAGACCCUUCAAUGUGGCGGAAGAUAAAAAUGGACCACGAAAAAUGGUACGAGUCCCUCAAUACCAUGCUUCGUCACGAGACCAUUUGUCGUCACGCUGUUGAUCGUAGCCUUGGCGGUUUGGUUGAGAUCGACAUUUGGUACAUCGGUACUAAUUCUCUCCUCAGUUACAUUGUCGACAGCACAAGUAAUCUAAGGAGGCUUAGACUUCCAUGGUGCAAUGUAAUAACAGACGAGGGAUAUCUCAAAGCAGUUGUGAAACUCCCAUUGCUUGAAGAACUCGACAUUUCAUAUUGCUCAAUUUUAGAAGAGACUCUGGAAGUUUUAGGCAAGUCUUGUCCGAAACUGAAGACGUUGCAUGCAUUAAAUCUAUGUUCCCCUGUGAUCGACUAUGAUGCUGAGGCGAUCGAAAUCAAUGGUACUGAUGAUGAGUUUGCUAUAGCAAUUGCAGAAAGCAUGCCCGAACUACGUCACCUCCAGCUUGCUGGGAACGGACUAAUCAGCAACAAGGGCUUGGAGGCCAUUCUUGACGCUUGUCCUCACCUAGAACAUCUCGAUUUACGGGAGUGUUAUAACAUCAACCUUGUUGGGGAUCUCCAGAAGCGAUGCUCUGAGAAGAUUAGAGUCUUGAGACGCCCCAAUGACACAACCGCUGAUUACCCACUUUAUGUACGAUUUUUGGAUGGGUAUUAA